GCUAAGUAAAGAACCUACAAUCUAUGAUUCUUCUCCCUUUCUUUUCUCCCCUUACGAUCGCAGUAGGGUGUACUGCUGCGUCUUCCUCUCUCAUUGACAUUUUAUUACAUUCAAGUGUAUCCUUUGUCGACCCUUUUUUGUUGGGAUUGCGACUAGUCUCUACAGGACCCCACUCGGCCUAUCCUUGACCUCUUCUCCUAGGGCUCUGGCUAGACCGAAUUGCAUUUUCUAUACCCCGGUGUUCGCUUCUCUACUCUCUAUACGCUCUAUCCUGUGCUUCUAUAUACUCCGAUCCAACAAUGACCGGUCAAUCGAAACCCAUGCGCCUGUCCCCCUGGCAGAGCGCUGUGGCGGGUGCAACGGGUGCUGUACUUGCCAAUGCUGUGGUCUAUCCGCUUGACCUUGUUAAGACAAAACUCCAAGUCCAAGUCAAGAACGAGAGCGAAGACGGUACGGUUCAAUAUAAGUCGACCAUGGACGCCAUCAAUAAGAUCGUGGAUAGCGAAGGUCUCAGUGGUCUCUACUCGGGAAUUGCUGGAUCGCUUCUGGGUGUUGCAUCGACCAACUUCGCCUACUUUUACUGGUAUACCAUCGUGAGAACCAUCUACAUGGCCUCGGAUAAAGUGCCCAAGCCCCCGGGAACCGCUGCUGAGCUCAGUCUGGGUGCUGUGGCGGGUGCUGUUGCCCAGAUUUUCACCAUCCCUGUCGCCGUUAUCACCACAAGACAACAGACCCAGCCGAAGGAGGACAAGAGAGGUUUCUGGGAGACUGGCAAGGAAGUCGUGGACAGUGAGGAUGGUGUGUCUGGUCUUUGGAGAGGACUCAAGGCCAGUUUGAUCCUGGUUGUCAACCCGGCGAUCACGUAUGGUGCUUAUCAGCGCCUGAAGGACGUUCUUUUCGCUGGAAAGAACAACCUCAAGCCCUGGGAGGCUUUCCUUCUCGGUGCACUGUCCAAGUCGCUGGCAACUAUUGUAACACAGCCUUUGAUUGUUGCCAAGGUUGGCCUUCAGUCCCGUCCUCCUCCGGGCCGGGAGGGCAAGCCAUUCAAGAGCUUCAGUGAAGUCAUACGCUAUAUUCUCGACAAAGAAGGGCCAAUUGGACUCUUCAAGGGUAUUGGGCCCCAGAUCACCAAGGGUCUCUUGGUCCAGGGUCUUUUGAUGAUGACCAAGGAGAGAAUGGAAUUCUUCUUCAUCAUGUUCUUUGCCUACUUGCGCAAUCUCAAGGAGAAGAAGCUGCAGAAAACCAUUGGCAGCGCCGCAUCUACGGCCAAGACAAGCCUUCCGGCGACGCUCAAAUAGAGGUAAUCUGUCUUUUAUUCUGUUUGGAUAUACUUGAUUAAUGUUGGCUUAUUUUGUUUUAUGCUCGUCUGCGGCGCAAGGGUUACAUGAUCUCUUUCGGUUUUGUUUUCUUAUUACUUUUCGUUGUCAGAGGCGGCUUUGGCUGAUAGAGUACUGCUAUUUUCUCCAGGAUUUUGCAAGGCAAGUGAGGAUGCAUGGCACUGGUAUAUAAUCGCAUCAAAUACUUCACCUGGGAAUUAAAUGAAUUUCAAACCCGAUGGCACCUGUAUAUAUUGCU